AUGCAAUUUGAAGUCAUCACUGCCUUUAUCUGCCUCGCUUGGCUUGCGAAAGCCACUCCGGUUCCCCUAGAGGAACGUGCAAGUUCCUCGCUCAACUCCAUUGCCGUUGCAGCUGGCAAGAAGUUUUUCGGUACGGCCACCAACCAAGACCAGUUUAACGAUGCAUCCUAUGUAGAUGUUAUGCUCGCACAAUUUGGCUCUCUUACUCCUGCUAAUGUACAGAAGUGGCAGUACACUGAACCAAGUCAAGGAAGUUAUGAUUACUCUCAGGGUGACUCAUUUGCAAGUUACGCAGCUGAGAAUGGCAAGAUAUUAUGCUGUGAUAACCUCGUAUGGUACCAGCAGUACCCCUCCUGGAUAGACUCGCAAAGCUGGACAGCCGAGUCUCUUAGUGAAGUGAUGACUAACCACAUUACUUCUGAAGUCAGUCACUACAAAGGAAAGUGCUAUUCUUGGAACGUUGUCAAUGAAGCUUUUAACGAUGAUGGAACCUGGAGAGAAAAUGUCUUCUACAAUACUAUUGGUGAAGACUACAUUGCUCAGAGUUUCGCUGCUGCCGCUGCUGCUGAUCCCAAUGCCAUUCUUUACUAUAAUGACUACAAUAUCGAGUCACCUGGUGCAAAGGCUACAGCCGUUGAAAACUUGAUUUCUUCCUUGAAGAGUCAAGGUAUUAAGAUUGAUGCAGUGGGACUUGAGAGUCAUUUUAUCGUCGGAGAAACACCCUCUUUGUCGCAACAGCAACAGCAGAUGCAAGCCUAUGCAAAUCUUGGUGUAGAUGUAUUUGUAACUGAACUCGAUGUCAGGUUCAGCUCUCUACCACCAACUGAACAAGGUCUUCAACAGCAGUCUGAAGACUACCAAGCAUCUGUUGGAGCUUGUGCUGCACUUGGAUCCAAAUGUCCUGCGAUUAGUGUUUGGGAUUUCGAUGAUACUUAUUCUUGGAUUCCCAGCACCUUUUCUGGUCAAGGUGAUGCCGAUUUGUACUGGGCCAAUCUGACUGCUAAGCCUGCACUUGCUGGAAUUGAAAGUGUGUUGGUUGCCUAG